UUUUCUAAUUCUAUCCAGUUUUUAUGAAUAAAACUCUCUUAGCUAGUAUGGCUUUUGGUUGAAAACUACCUAUAAAAUAGCUGUGUUCAGCUGUGUGAGAGAAAGGAGCAUAGCAUUUAGGCUACUAUUUACCUAGUACCUUAACCUAUUGGUUGGCAGUUGGCACUUGGCAGCUGCCAUUGAUGCAUCAUGUGGAAGCCAACAAAGAAUGAAAAAUAUGGUGCUGUUGUGUAUAACUUCCAUGAGUGGCCGGGUAAUCUGAAGGGUGGCCUGCGCUUAGAUGUUGGUGACACAGUUCACAUCCUAGAGAGCUGUGAAGGUUGGUACCGGGGAUUCUGCACCAAAAACCGCAAUGCUUUGGGGAUUUUUCCUGCCAGCUUCAUCCACCUCAAAGCAUUUCGAGUGGAGAAUGAAGGAGCGCAGGAGCUUGUCAUCCCUGUUGAGGAUGCCGUGGUGCAGGAGGCAGCUGCAGUGCUCAGGGAGUGGGGACAGAUCUGGAAGGAAAAAUUCAUUAAUCUUGACUGUAGUCGUGAUGAUGCGCCUCAGGCCAUAGCAGACUUUGAAGCCAUCAGAUCAGCCAUGCUGGAAGUCAGUGCCUGGCGACGACAGCUCAUCACUGCAACGCUCACGACUGAGCAGAUCACUCAGCUCCACCUUCAGAUCACGCGCCGCAUUGACUGGGGCAAUAGGAAGCUUGGCCUGGAUCUGGUACCACGAGUGGACGGUGCCAUGGUAGACGUGGACGCCGUGGGGGCCGUUGAGCUCUACCAGCUUCACGUCCAGAGUCGGGAGUCUUCUCUGAGCCAAGCAACUCUGAGGCUGGCUUGUCGACGCAGCAGUAGUCGCGUCAUCCCAGGCACACGACCGCGCGCUCUGAACCAUCACUUGUUCUUCUGCAUGCGUGACAUGAGCUAUCACGUGGGCGAGGACUCAGAGGUCUUCUUCUCUUUGUACGACGCUUCCCGUCAGCGCUUCAUCAGUGAACGCUUCCUGGUCCGCCUCACCAAGGAAGGAUUUGCUAACUACAUCGACCGUGUCACCAGCAACUGCACGCUUUUCACCGACCUUGGGGCUUGUGAGUUCAGCAGCGAAGUGUACCUGGUGUGUCAGGUGGUGCGGAUUGGUCGCAUGCUCUUCUCUGAGAGCAGCAAGAAGAGCCCGUGUCAGCUCUACCGACGGCCCUUUGCUGCUGGUGUCAUCAAGCUCGACCUCGAUGACCUCAGGGAGAAAGAUGUUGAGGUGGAGCAGACAACAAAGCUCUGCACUACAGACGAGAAGGACAUGUGGCAGCUGCACGACUUUAUCAUCAAGAAACUCAACAGCAAAUACUCCGUCCUCUCCACCAACACCAGCUGCGGUUUGGUGGUGAGCGUGCGCGUGUUGUGCGGUGAGCUGGACCUGGUAUUAAAGGAACAUCCGCUGCUACUGAAGAACGUUCGCGUCACCAACAAGAUGGGCUUCUCUGACGUCAUCAUGCCUGGUGACGUUAGGAACGAUCUCUACCUCACGCUCUCCCACGGAGAGUUUGAACGUGCCGGCAAAAGUGUUGGCAAAAACAUUGAAGUCGCUGUCGUCGCCUUGGACUUCACUGGCACGCCUAUAAACUGCAUAUCAGGGGCGACGGGGUUCGAGCCGUGCAGCGAGUACAGCUCCGUGGUUCUGUACCACAACAACGCACCCCGCUGGGCCGAGUGCAUCAAGAUCGCCAUACCCAUCGACAAGUUUGCUGGUGCUCACCUUCGCUUUGAGUAUCGUCAUUGCUCGACUCGAGAGCGCAACGAAAAAAAGUUAUUUGGCUUUUCAUUCGUGCGUUUGAUGGAAGCUGAGGGCGGCACACGACUCUGCUCCACUAAACUCACUCAGAAUGUUGAUUUACUGUCACUGCUGCGCUGGAAGAGCGACCCAGAUGGCAUCGGUGAGACCCUGGAGCGUCUAGAGCGUGUCGACGGACUGGAAAUCGUCAAGUUCCUUCAGGAUGUCCUGGAUGCAUUAUUCUCAAUGUUCAGUACUGACGAAGGUAACAGCACUCAGUACUCUGGCCACGUCUUCCACUCCCUCGUCGUCAUCUUCACCAUGUUGGAGGAACGCAAGUUUGAACAUUUCAACCCCGUAAUGGACGCUUAUAUCACUGGCCACUUCGCUGCAGCGUUGGUACACAAAGGACUCAUCACUUGUGUCCAGCAUCUUUCUGAUCUUUGUUCUCAGACAGAUAAGCAAGACUCCAUCAUCCAGUGCUUCCGAGCUCUCAAAUUCAUUUUCAAGUUCAGUGUUCAAUCGCGGCUUCUCUUCGUUAGAGCCACGGGCGCGUCCAAUGAAGAUUCCUUUAGGACGGACGUCGCGCGCCUCUUUGAUUCCUUCGCGCAGCUCCUACUCGUUCAGAAGGAGAAAGUGCUUGUUGCGCAGGGAUUUGCAUCUUACACACUCAGUAAUUGUAAACUCACUCAAAAUGUUGAUUUACUGUCACUGCUGCGCUGGAAGAGCGACCCAGACGGCAUCGGUGAGACCCUGGAGCGUCUAGAGCGUGUCGACGGACUGGAAAUCGUCAAGUUCCUUCAGGAUGUCCUGGAUGCAUUAUUCUCAAUGUUCAGUACUGACGAAGGUAACAGCACUCAGUACUCUGGCCACGUCUUCCACUCCCUCGUCGUCAUCUUCACCAUGUUGGAGGAACGCAAGUUUGAACAUUUCAACCCCGUAAUGGACGCUUAUAUCACUGGCCACUUCGCUGCAGCAUUGGUACACAAAGGACUCAUCACUUGUGUCCAGCAUCUUUCUGAUCUUUGUUCUCAGACAGAUAAGCAAGACUCCAUCAUCCAGUGCUUCCGAGCUCUCAAAUUCAUUUUCAAGUUCAGUGUUCAAUCGCGGCUUCUCUUUGUUAGAGCCACGGGCGCGUCCAAUGAAGAUUCCUUUAGGACGGACGUCGCGCGCCUCUUUGAUUCCUUCGCGCAGCUCCUACUCGUUCAGAAGGAGAAAGUGCUUGUUGCGCAGGUGGCGUUGCUGGAGAACGUGCACAGCGGCUGUGAGCAGCUGUGCCGGGUGUUGCGUGUCGGUGACGUGGCACGGCUGCUGUGCGCGUUGCUGUGCACAUCUCCAUCCGUACCCAUCACAGACCACCUCACCAAGCACAGACUCAUCGCCUACACUCAUGCUUGCUCUACCAUCCUCUGUGCUGAUCCUGACGGACGUCGCGUGGUGGUGUCGAGCGCAUGUGAGCAGCUACGUGCUCAUCUGCAGGCGAAGGUAGAGCUGCAGCUGUGCGCUCGUAUCCUGGGGCAGGUCGUGUCCCUGCUGGCGGACCAGCGAUCACAGCGACACUACGACGCCCGUCUGAGCAAAGCGCCCCUGGCUCCUGACGCCGCGCUAGAGCAGGACAUUGAGACACUUGUGCUGGGGCUCAUCGAUGUUGUUAUUGAAACCAUUCUGUCUCUGCAAUUCCAGAACGACACUUAUGACCUGCUAGUGGCUUGUCUCCUCGGUAUGCUGCAGCUGAUGACGCCGGUGCACUACCAGAAGCUGUGGCUGCUGCACCUGCAGCACACCUCAACCACCACCACUGAACCACACGCAGGCCCUCAGCAGCUGCGGCACAUCCUACACAACUUCGUGUUGCUGCUGUCUAACCUCGUGACAUCCCCCAAGCACGUCUUCCCCAAGGAUUGGUUCCUCAUGCUCAUGGUCACCAACAGCGCCAUCCUCGGUGCCCUCGAGGAGAUCGCGAAGCCCAUCUUGAAAUACUUCACUGCCGGCAGCAACUUCAACUACCAAUUAUGGAACCGCUAUCUGCUGCUGGGCGUUGAUUUCCUGACGCAGGACAGUCUGCAAGUCGAGAAGUUCAGCCCUCAGAAGCGCCAUAAGCUCCUGCACCGCUACAGGGACAUGCGUGUCAUCAUGGGCUUCCAGAUUCUAAACCACUUGACAACACCAGUAGAUCAAUCAGAUAUUAACACUAACGUCUAG